GUAGCUGCGCGCGCAUGCGCGGAAGAGGCUCGGGCCCGCUGGCAUCGGCGGCGGGGAGGCUUGCCAAGAUGGCGGCCUGCGGAUCGGUGCGAGGUCGUCGCUGAGGCCGCGGUCAUGCGGGAGCCCUGGGUCCCGCGGCUGGGGCGCCCUUCGGUUGACCCACGAGCGUGCUGCGACACAGCGCCCACGAACUAUGCCCUUGGCGCCUAGACAUGGGACGGCACCUUGGGAAGCGCUUCUCGGGCGGCUCGUGCUCUGCGCCGCCCUGUGUGUGUGCCGCGGUAGCGGCAGCGGCAGCGGCGAGCUGCCUCCUCCGGCCGAGCCACCCGUGUCGUUCCCCCCGUUCCGGUCGUCGGCGCGCUGCAACGCUUCGUGUAGCGCUGGAGCGGCAGCCGCGGCCGCAUCGUGCGCGUCGCCGCCAGCUCGGCUGCCCUUCUGCACGCACCUGCCCAUGCGGCGGCUGCUGCUGGACGCCGGCUCGUGUCACGCCGACCGCCUCGACCGAGCGCUGCGCGCCGACCAGCUCGCCUGCCUGGUCGCCUGCGAGUUCCGCGCGCUCCUGAGCCGCUUUGACUGCCUCGGAGGCUACUCCGCCAAAUGGAACUGCCACACAUGUGCCGUGGUGUACCGCGAAUGGACUUGCGCCAUGCUGGUGCCCGUGUACGGUCCCACGGCGGCCGAUGCCGGUCGCCGGAAGACCGUCGACGGCGGGUCGCCAGCACAAGCAGCAGCGGCAACUACGGCCCCGCCGCCGACGGGGACGGCAGCGGCGGCGGCGGCGGCGGAAGGGAGCCUCGCCCCGCCCCUCGCCCCGCCGCCGCCGCCGCCGCCUGCACCGUCGCCGAUGAAGCCGUGCCGCGAGUUCUGCCACCGCGUCGAGGAGCAGUGCCCUUACUUCCACCCGACUGCCAAGGAGCAGUACGCGGGGGAGCCCGUAUUCAUAUGCAUCGACCCCAACAUCCCGGACCUACCGUCAAUCAGCAACUCGUCGUACGGGCCGCCGGGGGACUGCUACGAGCCGUGCCACGUGAACGUGUCGUUCAUGGACGACCGGCCGUGCAGCCCGGACGGUUACGGCGACCAUUUCGCCACAGCCUUGGACUCUUCUUCGGUCUCGACCACGACGGUGGCUGCCGGCCCCACGGGGUCGGUAGCCGCCGCCGACGGUGUUGGUGGUGUUGGUGGGGCCAGUGGUGGGGGGCGGACGCAGCAACCGAGCUGUGCGCUCUCGGUGACCGCGGUGGUGACGGUGGUGACAGUGUGGUGGGCGGCGGGCCGGACCCGCGGCCGGCACAGAACACUCUGCUCAUAG